AUGAUGAAAUGCAUUUCUGAUUUUGAUACAUCUAUCUAUCUAUCUAUCUAUCUAUCUUGCUGUUCAUUCUAUCUUCGAAAUGUUUCUAUCUAUCUAUCUAUCUAUCUAUCUAUCUAUCUAUCUAUCUAUCUAUCUAUCUAUCGAACUGUUUCUUUCUAUCUAUCUAUCUAUCUUACUGUUCAUUCUAUCUGUCGAACUUUAUAUAUCUUACUGUUCAUCUAUUCACUGUUCAUUCAUUAUCUAUCUAUCUAUCUAUCUAUCAUUCAUCUAUCAUUAUCUUUACAUUUUAUCUAUCUAUCGAACUUGACGUUAACUCAAAUACGUGUACCCACUAAAAUUCAAUCAAUCAAUGAAUCUAUCUAUCUAUCUAUCUAUCUAUCUAUCUAUCUAUCUAUCUAUCUAUCUAUCUAUCUAUCUAUCUAUCUAUCUCAGGUUGUUCAUUAUCUAUCUAUCUAUCUAUCUAUCUAUCUAUCUAUCUAUCUAUCUAUCUAUCUAAAUGUUUUCCUGUCUAUCUAUUUUCGUUAA